AUGUUUAGAAGAACAGCUGUAAAUCUAGCGCAGAGCGCCGGAAAGGCGAUCCCGCCCGUAAAACUGGCUUACAAGUACAUGCUCAAGGACCCUUCGAAGAAGUACAAGCCUUUUAAGGCGGUAACCCUGCCCAACAGGAAGUGGCCCGACAACAGGAUCACCAAGGCGCCACGUUGGCUGUCCACAGAUCUGAGAGACGGCAACCAGUCGCUCCCUGACCCUAUGUCCGUGGAGCAGAAGAAAGAAUAUUUCCACAAGCUGGUCGAGAUCGGGUUCAAGGAAAUUGAGGUAUCGUUUCCUUCUGCCUCGCAGACCGACUUCGACUUCACGAGGUACGCGGUAGAGAACGCGCCAGAGGACGUGAGCAUCCAGUGUCUCGUCCAAUCGCGUGAGCACCUCAUCAAGCGUACGGUCGAGUCUCUCUCGGGCGCCAAGCGCGCCACUGUGCACUGUUACCUGGCCACCAGCGACAUGUUCCGUGACAUCGUGUUCAACAUGUCCCAGGAGGAAGCAAUUAAGAAGGCCGUUGAAGCCACCAAGCUUGUACGCAAGCUGACUAAAGACGACCCAGCCCAGCAAGCUACCCGCUGGAGCUACCAGUUCUCCCCUGAGACCUUUAGUGACACCCCUCCAGAGUUUGCUUUGGAGAUCUGCGAGGCUGUUAAGGCCGCGUGGGAGCCCACUGAAGAAAACCCCAUCAUUUUCAAUCUGCCAGCUACUGUUGAGGUUGCUACGCCUAACAACUACGCCGACCAGAUCGAGUACUUUUCUACACACAUUUCCGAAAGAGAAAAAGUUUGCAUUUCCACUCAUGCCCACAACGACCGCGGGUGCGGCGUUGCGGCCUCAGAGCUUGGUGUGAUGGCCGGCGCCGACCGUGUCGAGGGCUGUCUUUUCGGCAACGGUGAACGUACCGGUAACGUUGACCUUGUUACUGUCGCUUUGAACAUGUACACUCAGGGUGUCAGCCCCGAGCUCGACUUGUCGGAUCUGAAUUCCGUCGUUGAAGUUGUUGAACGUUGUAACAAGAUCCCAAUUUCCCCAAGAGCCCCAUACGGUGGUGAUCUAGUUGUCUGCGCUUUCUCUGGUUCGCAUCAAGACGCCAUCAAGAAGGGUUUCGCCUUGCAGGAAAAGAGACGUGCCAACGGCGACGAAGAGUGGAAGAUUCCUUACCUGCCAUUGGAUCCAAAGGAUAUUGGCAGAGACUACGAAGCUGUCAUCAGAGUCAAUUCUCAGUCUGGUAAGGGAGGUGCCGCCUGGGUUAUUCUCAGAUCUCUUGGGCUUGACCUACCUAGGAACCUACAGAUUGAGUUCUCUACUACAGUUCAAAACAGAGCUGACUCUCUUGGUAGAGAGUUGAAGAGUCAGGAGAUCACUGAGUUGUUCAAAGAGGUUUACAACUACAGCGGUAACAUCGGCAAGGUCACUCUCCUAGAGUAUGACGUCACUAAGAUUGACGCCGAGCGCAGAUCCUUGACUGGCCAGGUCAGUAUCAACGGGGGCGUCUACGACAUCCAAGGUUCCGGAAACGGUCCUAUUUCCUCGCUCGUUGAUGCUAUGUCGAACUUGUUCAACGUCAAGUUUGGUGUUGCCAACUACACAGAGCACUCUCUAGGUUCUGGUUCAUCCACGCAGGCCGCUUCCUUCAUCCACUUGGUGUACAGACGUGACUCCGACAACGAGCGCACAUUCAAGUGGGGUGUUGGUGUCUCAGAAGAUGUUGGUGAGGCUUCCACAAAGGCUAUUCUCUCUGCCAUCAACAGCAUUGUCCAAUCUGGCGACGUUUCUUUGCCAGAUGCUCCUUCAAAGGCUUCUGCUUCUGCAUGA